GACCAUUUCGCCUUUCUUGGAUAAAGAACUCUUGGGGUGUUUCUACAAGAACCUGGGGGUCUAGAGGGCAGGCUGACUGGGAAUAUGUGGGUCUAGACAGCCUACUUGCUUUAUAACACAAGGUCCCUUCUCGGAAUUAAACACGCUUCGCUGGAGCCGCUUGUCCCCGCCCCCCCACAAGGCACAGCAUCCGUCCUCAUGGGCUCACACGCUGCGUGAUCCACAUCACAAACCGAGAGCGGUGGCGUUGCCGAGCCGAUGGAGUAGUAGUACUACUAGUAGUGGGGGUUGCAGCUUACGGCUUCCACUUUUUCCUCCUUGGUCUUUGAUGGAGCGGCCUUUUUUGUGGAAUAUCGCUUCAUCCCGCAGCGAGUGAGCUGCUGUGAACCCUGAGAGCACAAAACUCCUGACAGGCGACAAGAUGGCGUCCAACAACACCUUGCGCAGCUAUUCCAUCAUCCCAUGUUUUAUCUUUGUGGAGCUCGUCAUCAUGUCCGGCACAGUGCUGCUGGCUUACUACAUGGAAUGUACAGACUUGUUCAGCGUGCAUGUGCAGGGCUUCUUCUGUAAUGAUGCUGAGCUGAUGAAGCCGUACCCUGGCGCCGAGGAGUCCAGCUUCAUCCCGCCCCUCAUCCUCUACUGCGUGGUGGCUGCUGCUCCCACACUUGUAAUUUUCAUCGGAGAGGUUUCCAUGUAUGUGAUGAAAUCAACGAGGGAGGUUCUCCUGGCCCAGGAGAAAACCAUAGUGACGGGAGACUGCUGUUACCUGAACCCACUGAUUCGUCGCAUCGUACGCUUCAUAGGUGUGUUUGCGUUCGGUCUGUUUGCCACAGACAUCUUCGUUAAUGCAGGCCAGGUGGUGACCGGAGGUCUUUCGCCUUAUUUUCUGUCUGUCUGCAAGCCCAACUACACCGGCACAGAGUGUCGAUUCAAUCACCAAUUUAUCGUCAAUGGCAACAUUUGCACCGGGAACCCCAUUGUAGUGGAGAACGCGCGCCGCUCGUUUCCAUCCAAGGAUGCUUCACUGAGUGUUUACUCUGCUGUUUACCUGACGAUGUACAUCACCAGCACAAUCAAGACCAAGUCCAGCCGCCUGGCCAAGCCUGUGCUCUGUCUGGGCACACUCUGCUCAGCCUUCCUCACCGGCCUCAACCGAGUCUCAGAGUAUCGAAACCACUGUUCAGAUGUAGUGGCUGGAUUUAUAUUGGGAUCAGCCAUUGCACUAUUUCUGGGUAUAUGUGUUGUGAACAACUUCAAAGGUGUUCAUGGUUCAGCAGCUAAGCAGAAAACUGAGGACUACCGCGGUCUGCCUCUGAUGACUUUCCCCCGCGUAGAGAGCCCACUGGAGACCCUCAGCGCACAGAACCAUUCGGCAUCGAUGACGGAGGUCACAUGACUAAGGGGGCAGCACCGGGUCACGUUUGCGUCUCCACAGCACUUCCAGACACAAUGACGAGGACGCAUGCCACGUGGCGCCGAAUGCAUAAUAAAACACUCCUGAUUUAUCUGUUUCAAUCACUUGGGGGACACAACACUCCAUGUUUGUAAUGGUUUUUAUGGGGUUUGGCUACUCUCAAAUAUGCCCAGCAGGAGGUACAGAUCACUUCACAAAGUCAACUUACUGUAAGCACAGGAUUUGUUUUUUUUCCCAGGUUUGUGAAAUCAUUGAAAACAUGGGAUGUUUCUGUCCUCCAAGGUGUGCUGUUUGUAGUUAGAGGAUGGUGUUUUGUACAUUUUGUAUGAGCGAGUGCUGUAGCCUAUCCUGACGAUGUUAAACCUGCACACUUCCUGUCAGCCGACUCACUCUGUUUGACAUCACAUCCUGUCAGCUGAAAUGCCUCGUCGGUCACCACGUCCAUCCCACUUUGUCUGAAAACUCUGCAAUGGAAAAAUUAUUGAUGUUGUUCUGUGGUGUUUGUCAUUUGUACAGGAAAAAAAGAAACAUUCUUUUUAUUAUAUCUCUGUACAUUAAUUGACCAUUAUUAGGUCAUAUUUUUUAAGGAUUUUUUGUUAAUCUGUAUGACUAUUAUGAUCCAUUUGGACCUGUUUGCCUGCUGUAAACAUGGAUAUGUUUUGGUGUCAGUUUAGGUGAUCUGGGGAAAAAAAACUCCUCUCCCUUUUGGAGGAAAUGUGAGGAAGAGUCAACGAUAUCCUCUGAGUCACACAAAAUGGGCUUUGGCAUCCUUUGAUUGAUACACACACA